CCUCGUCGUCCGCGCCGUCCAGCAGCAGCUCCGCGCCGUCCUCGUCGUCUGCGCCGUCCAGCAGCAGCUCUGCGUCGUCUUCGUCGUCUGCGCCGUCCAGCAGCAGCUCUGCGCCGUCCUCGUCGUCUGCGCCGUCCAGCAGCAGCUCUGCGCCGUCCUCGUCGUCUGCGCCGUCCAGCAGCAGCUCUGCGCCGUCCUCGUCGUCCGCGCCGUCCAGCAGCAGCUCUGCGCCGUCCUCGUCGUCCGCGCCGUCCAGCAGCAGCUCUGCGUCGUCCUCGUCGUCCGCGCCGUCCAGCAGCAGCUCUGCGCCGUCCUCGUCGUCUGCGCCGUCCAGCAGCAGCUCCGCGCCGUCCUCGUCGUCUGCGCCGUCCAGCAGCAGCUCCGCGCCGUCCUCGUCGUCUGCGCCGUCCAGCAGCAGCUCUGCGCCGUCCUCGUCGUCCGCGCCGUCCAGCAGCAGCUCCGCGCCGUCCUCGUCGUCCGCACCGUCCAGCAGCAGCUCUGCGCCGUCCUCGUCGUCUGCGCCGUCCAGCAGCAGCUCCGCGCCAUCCUCGUCGUCCGCGCCGUCCAGCAGCAGCUCCGCGCCGUCCUCGUCGUCCGCGCCGUCCAGCAGCAGCUCUGCGCCGUCCUCGUCGUCUGCGCCGUCCAGCAGCAGCUCUGCGCCGUCCUCGUCGUCCGCGCCGUCCAGCAGCAGCUCUGCGCCGUCCUCGUCGUCUGCGCCGUCCAGCAGCAGCUCCGCGCCGUCCUCGUCGUCCGCGCCGUCCAGCAGCAGCUCCGCGCCGUCCUCGUCGUCCGCGCCGUCCAGCAGCAGCUCCGCGCCGUCCUCGUCGUCCGCACCGUCCAGCAGCAGCUCUGCGCCGUCCUCGUCGUCUGCGCCGUCCAGCAGCAGCUCCGCGCCGUCCUCGUCGUCCGCACCGUCCAGCAGCAGCUCUGCGCCGUCCUCGUCGUCUGCGCCGUCCAGCAGCAGCUCCGCGCCGUCCUCGUCGUCCGCGCCGUCCAGCAGCAGCUCCGCGCCGUCCUCGUCGUCCGCACCGUCCAGCAGCAGCUCUGCGCCGUCCUCGUCGUCUGCGCCGUCCAGCAGCAGCUCCGCGCCGUCCUCGUCGUCUGCGCCGUCCAGCAGCAGCUCCGCGCCGUCUUCGUCGUCUGCGCCGUCCAGCAGCAGCUCUGCGCCGUCCUCGUCGUCUGCACCGUCCAGCAGCAGCUCUGCGCCGUCCUCGUCGUCUGCGCCGUCCAGCAGCAGCUCCGCGCCGUCCUCGUCGUCUGCACCGUCCAGCAGCAGCUCUGCGCCGUCCUCGUCGUCUGCACCGUCCAGCAGCAGCUCUGCGCCGUCCUCGUCGUCUGCGCCGUCCAGCAGCAGCUCUGCGCCGUCCUCGUCGUCUGCACCGUCCAGCAGCAGCUCUGCGCCGUCCUCGUCGUCUGCGCCGUCCAGCAGCAGCUCCGCGCCGUCCUCGUCGUCUGCGCCGUCCAGCAGCAGCUCCGCGCCGUCUUCGUCGUCUGCGCCGUCCAGCAGCAGCUCCGCGCCGUCCUCGUCGUCUGCGCCGUCCAGCAGCAGCUCUGCGCCGUCUUCGUCGUCCGCGCCGUCCAGCAGCAGCUCUGCGCCGUCCUCGUCGUCUGCGCCGUCCAGCAGCAGCUCCGCGCCGUCCUCGUCGUCUGCACCGUCCAGCAGCAGCUCUGCGCCGUCUUUGUCGUCUGCGCCGUCCAGCAGCAGCUCUGCGCCGUCCUCGUCGUCUGCGCCGUCCAGCAGCAGCUCUGCGCCGUCCUCGUCGUCUGCACCGUCCAGCAGCAGCUCUGCGCCGUCCUCGUCGUCUGCGCCGUCCAGCAGCAGCUCUGCGCCGUCCUCGUCGUCUGCACCGUCCAGCAGCAGCUCUGCGCCGUCCUCGUCGUCUGCACCGUCCAGCAGCAGCUCCGCGCCGUCCUCGUCGUCUGCGCCGUCCAGCAGCAGCUCCGCGCCGUCUUCGUCGUCUGCGCCGUCCAGCAGCAGCUCCGCGCCGUCUUCGUCGUCUGCGCCGUCCAGCAGCAGCUCUGCGCCGUCCUCGUCGUCUGCGCCGUCCAGCAGCAGCUCUGCGCCGUCCUCGUCGUCUGCGCCGUCCAGCAGCAGCUCUGCGCCGUCCUCGUCGUCUGCGCCGUCCAGCAGCAGCUCUGCGCCGUCCUCGUCGUCUGCACCGUCCAGCAGCAGCUCUGCGCCGUCCUCGUCGUCUGCGCCGUCCAGCAGCAGCUCCGCGCCGUCCUCGUCGUCUGCACCGUCCAGCAGCAGCUCUGCGCCGUCCUCGUCGUCUGCGCCGUCCAGCAGCAGCUCUGCGCCGUCCUCGUCGUCUGCGCCGUCCAGCAGCAGCUCCGCGCCGUCCUCGUCGUCUGCGCCGUCCAGCAGCAGCUCCGCGCCGUCCUCGUCGUCUGCGCCGUCCAGCAGCAGCUCUGCGCCGUCCUCGUCGUCUGCGCCGUCCAGCAGCAGCUCCGCGCCGUCCUCGUCGUCUGCGCCGUCCAGCAGCAGCUCUGCGCCGUCCAGCAGCAGCUCUGCGCCGUCCUCGUCGUCUGCACCGUCCAGCAGCAGCUCUGCGCCGUCCUCGUCGUCUGCGCCGUCCAGCAGCAGCUCCGCGCCGUCCUCGUCGUCUGCACCGUCCAGCAGCAGCUCUGCGCCGUCCAGCAGCAGCUCCGCGCCGUCCUCGUCGUCUGCACCGUCCAGCAGCAGCUCUGCGCCGUCUUCGUCGUCUGCGCCGUCCAGCAGCAGCUCUGCGCCGUCCUCGUCG